ACCCAUCACAAAAAUAUAUGACGAGGAAAUUGUGAAGGCAAAUCUUUCAAAGGGAGCAACCGCAAUCUUACCAACUGUCGUUCAAUAUCGUAUGUAUCACUAAGCACAUAAGUAAAAUAAUUCACUUAAAAUAUUUUAUUUUAAUACUAAGGAUCCAAUAUGAGUAAAGCACGUAGAAAAAAUACACCUGUUAUACCAUCAACCAUUGUGUUUGAUAUACCAGAAUUAUAUCAACAAACACUAUCUUCUAAACGAUUUUUAUUAAUAGAUUUAUUUACAAAACGUGGUAAAGAUCGAAUUCUUGUAUUUUCAAGUGAUCAACAAUUAGAAUUAUUAUUUAAAAGUGAUACAAUUUUUAUGGAUGGUACAUUUGAUACAACACCAGCUCAUUUCAAACAAGUGUACUUGAUACAUGCUCAUAAAUUUGGUCAAGGAUUACCAGUAGCAUUUUGUCUUUUACCAAAUAAACGUACCAAAUCAUAUACAGAAUUAAUUGAACAACUAAAAAUACAAGCUAAUUUUAUGGGUUUGGCAAAUGAUUAUUUACAUAAUGAAACUAUUCGUGAUCAAAGUCGUCAACUUAUGGCUUUAAGUCUUAUGCCGAAUAAUGAAGUGGAGAAUCAAUUUCAACGUUUACAAACAAUUAUGUCAACAUCGUUAAGUGAUUUAUUAUUAUACUUUAAACAUCAGUGGAUGCAUGGUGUUGUUCCGAUUCGUAUGUGGAAUUUUCAUAACGUUAACCAUCGAACGAAUAACACUUCAGAAGCUUAUAACCUUCGAUUUGCAACUAGAUUGUCAAGAAAGCACCCGAAUAUUUGGAGUUUUAUACAAUUAAUUCAAAGUGAACAUGUUCGUUUUGAACAUAUUUCAACACAACUUGAUGCUGGUGCAUCAGCUCCACAACAAUCGAAAAAAACAAAAGCUUUUCAAAUGAGAUUUGAUACUCUUCAUGAUCGAUUUCUAAAGAAGGAAAUCAACGCAAAUGAAUUAUUAUCAGGUUUAUCAUUGUUAAUUGGAAACAAAAAAAAAUGA